AUGUGGGCUACAGCCAGUAUAAGAGAUGAAGGUGGUGAGAGCCGGGCUACUGCUGAUGUGGUUCCUCUAAGAGAGUGGGAAACCUACUGGCGCACGCGGACGCUGCAGGCGCUCAGCUCGGAAAAGAAAGCGCGCAAAGCCCGCUUCUACCGCAACGGGGACAAGUACUUCAAGGGCUUGGUGUAUGCCAUCUCCAGCGACCGCUUCCGCUCCUUCGACGCUCUCCUCGCCGAGCUCACCCGCUCCCUGUCGGACAACGUGAACCUGCCCCAGGGCGUCCGCACCAUCUACACCAUCGACGGCAGCAAGAAGCUCUCCAGCCUGGACGAGCUGCUGGAAGGUGAAAGUUACGUUUGUGCAUCCAAUGAACCAUAUCGGAAAGUCGAUUAUACCAAGAAUGUCAAUCCAAACUGGUGUGUAAACAUAAGGACCGGAUCCACUCGAUCCCUGACAUCUCUGACGUCCACAAAGAGUGAAGUGAAGGAGAGUAAAGAUUUCAUUAAACCCAAAUUGGUGACUGUUAUUAGGAGUGGAGUAAAACCACGAAAAGCUGUAAGAAUUCUGCUGAAUAAGAAGACUGCUCACUCCUUUGAACAAGUCUUGACUGACAUCACAGAAGCCAUUAAGUUAGAUUCGGGUGUAGUCAAGAGACUUUGUACACUGGAUGGAAAGCAGGUGACAUGCUUGCAGGACUUCUUUGGAGAUGAUGAUGUCUUCAUUGCAUGUGGACCUGAAAAAUAUCGGUACGCUCAGGAUGACUUCGUUUUGGAUCACAGUGAAUGCCGUGUUAUGAAAUCGUCUUACUCCCGAUCAUCUGGCAUGAGGUAUUCAGGGUCCAAAAGUCCAGGACCUUCACGUCGAAGCAAAUCACCUGCAUCAGUUAAGAAGGGUGGCCACUACUCCAGUGCUCAUUCUUCAGCAAAAUCCCCAGUUAAUGGAACACCAAGCAGUCAGUUAUCCACUCCAAAAUCUACAAAGUCCUCCAGUUCUUCACCAACAAGCCCAGGCAGCUUUCGUGGACUCAAGAUCCCUCCUCAUGGUGGAUCAUCGUCCAAUGUGAAUGGUGUACCUGAAUCACUCCAUUGCCAGAGUCCUGAAGGUGUGAAUGGAAACAAGUGCUCAGGGUCAUCCACCAUUCUUGAGAAGUAUAAAGUCGGAAAGGUGAUUGGUGAUGGCAAUUUUGCUGUUGUGAAGGAGUGCAUAGAACGAUCCACAGGGAAGGAGUUUGCACUGAAGAUUAUAGACAAGGCUAAAUGCUGUGGAAAGGAACACCUGAUUGAAAAUGAAGUGUCUAUUCUACGUCGAGUGAAGCAUCCAAAUAUCAUUAUGCUGAUAGAGGAAAUGGACACUCCAACAGAACUCUAUCUGGUGAUGGAGCUGGUCAAGGGAGGAGAUCUAUUUGAUGCUAUCACAUCUUCUACAAAAUACACAGAACGAGAUGGGAGUGCAAUGGUCUACAAUCUGGCCAGCGCGCUCAAGUACCUUCAUGGUCUCAACAUUGUGCACCGAGACAUCAAGCCAGAAAAUCUCCUGGUAUGCGAAUAUGCAGAUGGAACCAAAUCUUUGAAGCUAGGAGACUUUGGACUGGCAACUGUGGUUGAAGGACCUUUGUAUACCGUCUGUGGUACGCCCACAUAUGUGGCUCCAGAAAUCAUUGCAGAGACAGGAUACGGCUUAAAGGUGGAUAUUUGGGCCGCAGGUGUGAUCACAUACAUACUGUUAUGUGGAUUUCCACCUUUUCGCAGUGAAAACAACCUUCAGGAAGACCUUUUCGAUCAGAUACUUGUUGGGAAGCUGGAAUUUCCCUCACCCUACUGGGAUAAUAUCACUGAUUCAGCAAAGGAGUUAAUUAGCCUGAUGCUACAUGUGAAUACCGAAGCCCGAUAUACAGCAGCACAGAUCUUAAGCCAUCCCUGGGUGUCAGAUGACACUUCCCAGGAGAAUAAUAUGCAAGCUGAAGUAACAGGUAAACUGAAGCAGCACUUUAACAACACCCUACCCAAGCAAAAUAAUACAUCUGCUGGGGUUUCUGUCAUCAUGAACACAGCUCUAGAUAAAGAGAGUCAGAUUUUCUGCAGCAAGCGCUGUCAGGACUCCGGUAGAGCUGAAAUGGAGAAAACUUCCGCAAUUACUGCUGCAGCUGCUGAUCCACGUGCAGCCGGGUCCGAGACCCUCCUCCCUGCUGCUUCUGAGCCAGUCAGAUCCCCCACGCCCCCCACCUCAGCGUCUCCUGAGUUUGCUGGGGAGCAGCCUGGUGUGUAGGACUGACUAAACCAAAUCCACCCGAACGUCCCUGUGACCUUGCCACGGUUUCUCCUCAUUUCACAUGACAGUUUGUUUUCAGUUUUCUCGCACCCUCCUGUGGCGAGCCCAGAGCAGGCUCUGCCACAAGAGACUGAACUUCUAAAGCGGGUGAGUAAAUGUGGUUUUUUGAGUGCUCUUUGCCAUCAGCAGUAGGGAGAAAAGAUUCUGGUAAUGUUAGAUGAUUUCUAAGUUAUCUGUGUUAGUUUAAUUUCCUGCAUUCACACAGUCUUGGGCUCUAAGUAGACUAACUUAAUGUGUAGCUAACCGCAAAGGCACCUGAGAUGAUGAAGGAUUGCCCAGCCUCACUUAUACAAGCAGGCCCCAUUGUGUUCUGAUGAGGGUUCUCAGAAAAGCAAGAGAGGAAGACAAGGAAAGAAAAGUUCCAUUCACCUUCUAUUGUGAUGCCUCUAUUUUUAGGCAAGUGUCUACCAAACUUGAAGAGGCAUAUUUUCAAAAAAUAAAAAGAAAAAAGAAAAGAAAAAAAAAAAGAAAGAAAAAAG